AUGGCGGGACUAUUCAAGCGGGUGUACGACUGGUUGUUGCGGACGUUUUGGGCAACCGAGAUGGAUGUGACCAUGAUCGGGCUGCAGAACGCUGGCAAAACUUCUCUUCUGCGUGUGCUCUCGGGCGGAGAAUUCGCGAUCGACUCCAUUCCCACAGUCGGCUUCAACAUGAAGCGGGUGCAACGGGGGCAUGUGACACUCAAGUGUUGGGACUUGGGUGGCCAACCCCGCUUUCGACCAAUGUGGGAGAGGUACUGCCGCAACGUUAACGCCAUAGUCUUUAUCGUCGAUAUCGCCGACCUAAGCCUGCUCCCCGUGGCCCGCGAAGAGUUGCAUUCACUAAUGAGCCAGCCGACCCUCGAGGGCAUUCCGCUGCUCGUGCUCGGCAACAAGUCAGACUUGCCCAACAAGCUCUCGGUCGACGAGCUGAUCGACGCCAUGGACCUCAAAAACAUCGCACACCGCGAGGUCUCAUGCUACGGAAUCUCGGCCAAGGAAGAGACGAACCUCGAGGCCGUCCUGCAAUGGCUGAUGAAGUAUGCCAACAGGUGA